UAUCUCUUAGCGUCAAGUCAACUGUUCAUGUUGGACUGAGUCACGCUGGGAGUCGGUCACGUAUAGUGUAGUCAAUCUCAUGUAUUCUUCGAAUCAUAGAUGAAGGAAUAAAGUAGUCCUUACAGGCAGACUAGAGUUUCGGAAAACUGCUUUUUGGCUGCAUGGAUUUCGCAAGAAAGGCUAAGUGGACCUUCUUUGUAGUUACAACCUUGUUUAGUCUUGUACAACCAUUGUCAACCAAUCAUACAAGUAUCAAUGAUACUGCCAUAGAAAUGAUUCAUGUAGGGUUGAUUCUUGAUGCGCAAUCUUGGGUGGGAAAAAUUGUUGAUAGCUGCAUUUCCAUGGCUAUAUCCGAUUUUUACAGUCAGAAUUGUCACUAUCAAACAAAACUAGUUGUGCAUACCAGAGAUUCUGGGGGUGAUCCGUUGCUUCUUCUAUCCCAAGCCUUGGUUCUCUUGGAAAAUUUCAAAUUGGAUGCCAUUAUUGUUGCGGAAAAUUCAGCAGGAGUGAAGAUUUUAGCGGAGUUGGGAUCUAGAGUAAAAUUCCAAUUAUUUCACUCUUCGCAGCUGGUCUAUCUUUGUCCUCCUUUGAGUAUCCUCAUUUAAUUCAAAUUGGUGAAGAUGAGUCUUCUCGAGCCAAAGCCGUCGCUGCCAUUGUUGAAGCAUUCAGUUGGAGAAGUGCUAUCCUCAUUUAUGAAGAUAAUGAUUCUGCAAGACCAAUCCUUUCUAGUGUGACUGGUUUUCGUCUUGAUCAGCAUGUUGCCCUUCUAACAUCAUCUACUGAUGAAGAAAUCGUUGAGCAGCUCAUGAAGCUCAUGAGUUUGCAGAUGACUGUAUAUGUGGUGCAUAUGACACCUAUUCUAGCAUCUCGACUUUUCUUAAAUGCUAAACAGCUUGGAAUGUUGACUCAAGGGUAUGCUUGGAUAACAACUGAUAUGAUUACUAAUUUCAUGAAUUCAAUGGAUCCAUCAGUCUUUGAGUCAAUGCAGGGGGUGGUAGGAUUCAAACCUCACAUUCCGGCAUCAAAGGAGCUUCGCAGGUUCGCAAUCAGGUGGAGGAGUAAAAACUUAAAUGAAAAUAAAAUUUAGAAGAAAUGGAGAUGAAUGUGUAUGGCAUAUGGAGCUAUGAUAUGGUUUGGGCUGUGGCAACAGCAGCGGAAAGGGUGAUGACUCGACAUCCUCAUAUCCUACACCAAGAAACCAGAUUGAAUAUGAACUUCACCACUAUUCGGUCCUCAGAAAGUGGUUUGGUAUUUAUGGAUGAGAUAUUACAAAGUAGAUUUAAGGGAAUAAGUGGUGGCUUUCAACUUACUAAUGGCAGGCUGAUCCCAAAGGAAAUCGAAAUUGUAAAUGUAUUCAAGGGAGAUAGGAUAAUUGGUUAUUGGAAUCCAGAAAAUGGGAUUGCCUCAAUAAUGAAGGAAGAAAACCACACUGAAACGAACUCAACAUCAUCUAGUAAACUUGAAGGUGUUAUUUGGCCCGGAGGAACUAUGAACAUUCCCAAAGGGUGGUCUCUACGUGGGAAGAGGUUGAGGAUUGGGGUUCCAGUGACUAAUCAAUUCAGAGAAUUAAUUAGUGUUGUUCAUGAUCCCCAAACGAAUGAUAUAAUUGUAACUGGAUUCUGUGUUGAUGUGUUUAAGGAAGCCGUUCAGAGUUUAGAUUAUGAAGUACAUUACGAUUUUAUCCCGUUUGAAGAUGCCAACGGACGAAUGGCAGGAUCUUAUGAUGAUCUUAUCCUUCAGGUUUAUCAUAAGAAUUAUGAUGCUGUUGUGGGGGAUAUAACAAUCAUCUCUCGCAGAUUUGCAUAUGUCGAUUUCACGCUGCCAUUCACUGACUUAGGCAUCGGAGUUGUAGUGCCAAAAAUCAACAACGACAUCUGGGUUUUCCUGAAGCCUCUUUGUGGAGAUCUGUGGAUAACUGUCGCUGCUUUCUUUAUUUUCACUGGCGUUGUGAUUUGGUUUAUUGAACGUCCCAUCAACGAGGAGUUCCAAGGCUCACCGUCUGAGCAAAUAGGAAUGAUCUUUUGGUACUCUUUCUCAACUCUUGUAUUUUCCCACAGUAAGUACUCUAUGUUCAACUUAAAUAACCUUUCUGUUUCAUUCAUACAGAACCAUAUAUUGAACUGAGCUUAUUAGGUAAACUUGAUGCUAAUCUCGAGUUGAGUUCGUGUUUGAUGCAUACAUUGAGCUAAGCUAACUGUAAUUUUUGUUUUACCAUAAUUUGAAACUGCAGCGAAGCCGUUGAGCAACUUGUCGAAGUUUGUAGUGAUAAUAUGGGUGUUUGUUGUGCUUAUAAUAACCUCAAGCUACACCGCAACUUUGGCUUCCAUGUUAACAGUUAAACAGAUACAAUUGAGCUCAAGAGACAACGAUGCAUGGGUUUCAAGUGAUAUUAGCAACUUUACAUUUGAAACUCGCAGACGAAGGGCAAACCAUUCUCCGGAAGAAUAUGCCGAUGCUUUAAGAAGGGGAAGUAAGAAUGGUGGUGCGUCAUCUAUUAUUGAUGAAAUACCAAACCUUAAAGUAUUCCUUGCCAAGUACCCUUCUGAUUACACCAUGAUCAAAUCGAAGGCUAUAACAGGCGGUUUUGGCUUUGUUUUCCCUAAACGUUCCCCACUUGUCCAAGACAUUUCAAGUGCAAUUAUGAGGUUAAGAGAGGAAAAAAGGCUGGAAAUGAUGGAAAAUAAAUGGUUUAACAGUGAAUCAAGCUUUACAACUCUGGACCCAGAAAGCAAUCCCAACAGGCUAAACAUUCAUAGCUUUGGGGGUUUGUUUCUUGUCACAGGAAUCUCUUCAAUUUCAGCUCUGGGGGUAUGCCUAUUUCAGAAACGACAAUCCAUCAAAAUCCACCUCAACAGUAGCUUAGACUCUUUAAAAGGGUACUUCAAUGUGAAAAUAAUAGGAAGACAAAAAGAACGAAGUUGAGCUCGUCUAAAGGAAAAUUAUUAUAGCCGCAAUGUAUUACUAUUUAUAUUUAUAUAUAGGUCACGACGCAAAUCCCUGAGUUGAAAAGCUUGACAACUACUGAAUUUUCAUACUAUUUUUAUGAAUCAAGUCAUGAAUUCGAUUUGAGAAACAAAUUUCAGUAAAUUUUGCUAAUAGACACAUCCUCCACUUCGAGAUCAAAGUCCUCUUCUAAACUAUCGAUUAGCAAUCCAUUAGCAUUCCUAGAGUUACCCGCCUUGGCUGAUCAACCUGUUCCAUUGCAUGACCUUCCACCGUCGUUAAUCUUUUGCGGCUCUCUUCAGACCCGGGGGAAUAGGAGAGACAGGAGGUUGAAGGGUAGGUGGGAUGAGAAUGCUCCCCAUCAGAGCAAUCUUUUAUAAUCUGAAGUGUGUUGAUUUGUUUUAAGGUUUGAGUCUACUCUUGUUUAUAUUCAUAUAAAAUAUAUUAUGUAUAUUUUCUUGUUUUUAGUUAUAGUUAAGUGGACCACUAUUUAAAAUUAAGUUUCUUCC